UCGAGCUCCCAACAAGAACAACACAGUUUUAAUCCCUCGCGCUAUUUUUGAUUUUUCUAUCGGGAAUCAUGGAAUGGAAAUGAGACGCAGACAAUUUCCUUUGAGAUUAGCUUAUGGCCUCACAAAAAACAAAAGCCAGGGUCAAACAUUAACCCAUUCCCUUAAUAUGACGAGCCUGACUCGUCAUGGCCGCGCCGGGACAAACGUGAAAUGACGAGUCCCACUCGUCAUGCAACUUGGCUACGCGUAUUGCCGUGUUUUGAUGUUUUCACGAUAGAUAGCGCCACGUAAAUCGACAGAUGUUGUAACUAGAAGUAGUAUGACCAACCUGUAUUGGUUUUGUACGGUAAUUUCCCCGAAUAUAGGGAAUUUUGUUAGUUUGAAAAUGUGGAAGAUUGGAAUAACCUCGAAACUUGCUCUCCGUUUAUUUUCUUGUUAUCAAUGAAUCACAACAACGAGAUGUAAGCUUAUUUUCGCUCUUUUUUCUUAUUUUGGUGCUAAUUGGUGCUUAGAUCUUAUUUGAGCAUAUGUUUUAAGAGUUUUUGUGCUGCUGGUUUGCAUGUUUUCUUGCCUGGUUGCAAUAAUAUGCGUAAGUACCCCAAGAGACGUAUUAGUGCUCGGGAAGUAACACGGCUAUUACUUGAAGACAGUGAAGAUGAUUUUGACACUCCUGAUUCCCCAGAUGACUUACAAGCAUGUGGUGAUGGUCCUUGGGUCCCUGAUAACCAUCAUCUCUCAGAUUCUCAGGAAUCAAGCAGUGAAUCAGACUGUGAUAACUCUAGGGAUGGUAAUAGUGAUCUGGAAAAUCUGGUCCCUGGUUCUAAUGACAAUGCUUCUGAUCCCACCUCCUCCACUGAUGUUUCUGAUCCUAAUAAUGGAUGUCAACCUACCACUAGUACUAAUGUUGAUCCAGUGCCUUCGACAUCAACUGUUGCAAACAAACCUACCCGCCCUCAAAAUUGCCAACCCCCACCGAAGAGAAACAAUGCACGUAAUCAAAAACGCAAAAACCCCUCCGAAGAAGAAUGAUCAACCUUCCAAAAAAAAUCCUAAUGCCUGGUGUUGGGAUGAUUCUUCAGCUAAGCACACUAUCAAUAAGCUUCCAUUCAUAGGUUUCUCUGGUGUAAGACCACCUCUUUUGAGGCAGCUUGGUGAUUCACCAACCCCAAUCCAAGUUUUUGAAUUGUUUACUGGCCUCCAUUCAUAGGUUUCUCUGGUGUAUGACCACCUCUUUUGAGGCAGCUUGGUGAUUCACCAACCCCAAUCCAAGUUUUUGAAUUGUUUACUGGCCCUGAGUUCUUUGAUAAACUUGCCAAGGAGACAAAUGCGUAUGCAGAAAAAUUUCUCAAUAAUCCCAAUGCUGUUCUAAAACCACUUCAUGAGGGGUGGUUCCCCACAACCUCUGAUGAGAUGAAAGCUUAUAUGAC